AUGUCGCUUUGUAAAAGUCUGAUACAGUCCUUUAAAUUCAUCUUUUCUCCCCAGAUAUGGCAGUCUGCUUUAAGCACCCUGAAUCCAAACCCCACCGACAGCUGUCCUCUCUACCUGAAUUACGCCACUGUGGCCGCUUUGCCUUCCAGGGUCAGCCGACACAAUAGUCCAUCUGCAGCUCAGUUCAUCACCCGGCUGGUUAGAAAUUGCCUUCCAGGAGGUGUCAACCGAUGUAUUGUUAUGGUCUGCGAGCGGUCUGAAGUCUUCGCUUCUGCUUGUGCAUUGGCCAGGGCUUUCCCGUUGUUCACACAUCGGUCCAGUGCAUCAAGACGCACAGAGAAGAAAACUGUAACGGUAGAGUUUUUCCUGGUUGGACAAAACAAUGGACCAAUAGAAGUGGCAACGCUGAAAUGUCUGGCAAGUGCUACAGAAGGAGUCAGGCUGGCUGCUCGAAUUGUGGACACCCCAUGCAAUGAGAUGAACACAGAUAACUUCCUGGAGGAAAUCAAAAAAGUUGGCAAGGAUCUUGGGAUUACUCCUACCAUUAUUCGAGAUGAGGAGCUGAAAGAGAGAGGCUUUGGAGGUAUCUAUGGAGUUGGCAAGGCAGCUCUGCAUCCUCCAGCCCUAGCAGUUCUCAGUCACACUCCAGAUGGUGCUACACAGACCAUUGCAUGGGUGGGAAAAGGUAUUGUGUAUGACACUGGAGGACUCAGCAUUAAAGGAAAGACUACUAUGCCUGGAAUGAAACGAGACUGUGGUGGAGCAGCUGCUAUUUUGGGUGCCUUCAAAGCCACUGUAAAGCAAGGUUUUAAAGACAAUCUUCAUGCUGUUUUUUGUCUGGCCGAGAAUGCAGUCGGACCACGUGCAACAAGACCUGAUGACAUCCAUGUUCUUUACUCUGGAAAAACUGUGGAAAUCAAUAACACUGAUGCAGAAGGUAGACUGAUACUGGCUGAUGGAGUAGCUUAUGCAUGCAAAGAUCUUGGAGCUGAUAUCAUUCUCGACAUGGCCACUCUUACGGGAGCUCAGGGAGUUGCUACAGGAAAGUAUCAUGCUGCUGUUCUUACCAAUAAUGAAGAGUGGGAAAAGGCUUGCGUUAAAGCCGGCAGGAACUGUGGAGACUUGGUCCAUCCUCUUGUGUAUUGCCCUGAGCUCCACUUCAGUGAAUUUACCUCUGCUGUAGCUGAUAUGAAGAACUCGGUGGCAGACCGGGACAAUACUCCAAGCUCCUGUGCUGGGCUCUUCAUUGCUUCUCACAUUGGCUUCGACUGGCCUGGAGUCUGGGUCCAUAUAGACAUUGCUGCACCUGUCCAUGCAGGUGAACGAGCUACUGGCUAUGGUGUGGCUUUGUUGCUGUCCCUGUUUGGAGGGGCAUCUGAAGACCCGUUGCUAAACAUGGUGUCCCCUCUAGGGUGCAAUGGAGACUCUCCCUCUGAAGAUAUGGAGAGGGAUUCCAAAAGGCGGCGCCUGGUUUAACGCACCCCCAGCCCUAAGUGACGGGGUGCAUGGGUUACCUCACUUUGCACUGAUUCAUUCUCAAGCAAUGAAAAUGUCAAACAUCAGAAAUUGCCAUUUUUUUUACUAUCAUGAUAAGAUUUAUUACUUGUUUCUGAUAAAACCAGCCUGAUUUCUUUUUUUUUUUUUUUUUAAAUUAUUGGUGCACACAGUUGCUGAACAAUAUCAGUGGUGCAGAGUCCAGGCUCAACUAACUGUAUCAGGAAGAGGGCACAUCCUCCUCUGAGCUCCUCACAAGACCUAACUAAGUGCAUUAAUGCAUGAGAAGCUCUCCCUAGUCUGAAGAAGCAACUGCAGCUACUGCUUACAAAGCCUUCUGAAUUACUUAUUAUAUGUGAGGUUUUAUCAGACAUUUCUGCAGGCCCCACUACAUCUCUGAACACAGGACAAGUGAAAAAAAUGCUGUAGACUUGGCUUAUUCAGUGACAAUUUAGCUUAGCAGCAAAAGAGAUGUAAUGAGAAGAGGCCUAUAGUUUUAAUAAGGUGCUGUUUCCGCAUGUUUAAUGAUUUUCUGACCAGUAAAAUCAGCAAGAAUGGUCCAGAACAUAUCUCUACAUAAAUCUUUCACAUACAAAUUACAGAAUGUAUUCAUGUUAAAUGAGGAAAAAAAUAGAGGGACUGUGAUUGAGUAAAAUCGGUUUACAAAUCACAGUGGCUUCUUGCCACUUAAUAAAUUUAUUAUUAUUAAAGCAGCUUACGUACCCCAUGUGCUGUUUCAUGAUGUUAUUUACAUUUCUGAGAACACAGAGUGCUCCAAAAGUUUGUGCGUGACAUCAUUACUCUGUUCAAAUUCCUUUUCCCAGCACUCAUACAUCUGAAAGCAGAACUAAUAGAGCAGCAGCCGAUACGGAAUGGUUUGGGGCAGUUUUGAAGAACUUAGGCUGAUUCACUUAACUUGAUUGAUUCAUCUGUAAUCAGGGAUGCGUUGUAUUAGUUUCUGUAUAAGGGAGUCACAAGGAGCGUAGAAGCACUGGUUUGGCUUGGGCAUCCACAGAAAAUGUCUUGCCCCAAUUCGUGUAAUGUCAGCGGCGGAGUUGGGAACGGAGUGACCAAGUUCUAAUCAGUGCUGCUCCCUUCCUGGUGGUUCAGGCAUCAGCCUUUGGAAACAUUUCUUGGCUCAACCAGAGCAUUGAUGGUGAAAAAUCCCACCCAGCACACACUUUUGGCUGCUUUGCAGAUAAAGUCAAGCCGAGUUGUGAUGAAUUACACCUUUCCCUGUGUCGGAGGUGAUCUCUGGAGAGCACUGGUGCUAGGUUUUAGGUGGAGUUCCAACAAUGAGGUACACAUCUGGUUUAGGCAUGAGUUGAUUUGAUUAAAGACCUCAUGGAAAGCUUAACACAGAAGGGAGGAGGAACAACAUUUUUCGUUUUGGUUUUGUGGCUAUAUUUGAUUCUUGGGCAGAAUGUAACUUUUUAUUUUGUUUGUUUUAUAAAACCCCCUGAACUUCAUUACUUCCUAUAUUUGCUUCUCCCUUGCUGUUUUGGUUCCCUGGUCCACAUGGUCAUAGUUUUAGGAGAUUGAUAUAUAAACAAGUUCUGCCUUUGGUCAUUCUAGGCGCUCAGUAUACAGUACUAUCUGGUACCAAAAACUGUUGUGGGAAAUGUGUUGAUGAAGUGUUGUUGUCAUUACUGACUCAGUCCAACCACUGCAGCUAACGGCAAAAUGUUCUAAUGUCAGUGCUCUGAAAUUGAGUCUUCAGUCUCCAUGCUCU